AUGGCCGACCUACACCCUCCUUCUCUCGACGACGCCCAUAAACGGCUUUUCGACGAGGGCCUAAGGAUCCGGUACGAGGUCGCAGGCAAGCCCUACGUGGACCGAUCUUUAUCUUCUGCUUCUCCCUUCAGCAAGCCCAUGCAGGAGCUAGUCACCGAGGCAUGCUGGGGCUCCGUACGGGCUCGACCUGGCCUUGAUCGCAAGCAGAGGUCGUUGCUGAACAUCGGGAUGCUGUGCGCACUCAACCGAGAUGCUGAGUUGGCAGUCCAUGUACGUGGCGGAGUCAACAAUGGAUUGACUGAGAUUGAGGUUCGGGAAGCACUGCUCCAAGUGGCUAUUUAUGUUGGUAUACCUGCUGGGCUGGGGGAUUUCACAUUGCUGAGAAAGUGCUACGGGAGAUACAGGAGGAAAAGGCUCAACCCAGCCAGUGAAGCUGGCACGACAUCUAUCCUAACCCUAUUAUUCUUAGGCGGCUAG